AAGAAACCGCGCGCCUGCGAGUCCUGCCGCGGUCUCAAGGUGCGGUGCGACCCGGCUGAUCCGGCUGAUCCGGAUGGGCCGUGCCGGCGGUGUUUGAAGGGGAAGAGGGCGUGUGUGGUCACGCAGCCGACAAGGAAGAGGCAGAAGAAGACGGAUAGUCGGGUCGCGGAGUUGGAGAAGAAGAUUGAUGCUUUGACGGCAGGGCUGGCGGCGAGGCAUGGGGUUGGUGGUGGAGGAGGAGGAGGUGCGGGUGCGGGUGCGGGUGCAGGUGGCGGUGGUGGUGGUGCUGGGGGUUUGGGGAGUGGGAGUGGGAGGAGUAUUGUUAUGGGGGUUGGGGUUGGGCCUGGGGCUGGCGCUGGUAUGGCUAUGGGGAUGGGGGGAGGGGGUACGUAUGAUGGGGGCCCGAGUGGGUGGGAUAGGGAGGCGGAGGUUGUGAGGUAUCCUCCGUCUCCGGCCGCUGCGUUGUCUCCUCAUCCUCGCACUCUUCCUCCUCCUUCUCUCCCUCCUUUACCACCGCCUUCAUCGCUGCAUCAGGGGCCACCAUCCGUUGCACGGACGCCAUCGGGAUCGACGGUCGCGGGAACGCCGGCUCUUCAGGGAGGUAUUGCCGGGAUCAAGAGGAAGCUGGACGACCGCCGGGAUUCUACGGAGAAUGCUUCCCCUGCUGGGAUCGCGGCACGUGAUCCUCCGUCGUUAAGUGAACCCGCUAGGGAACAGCAGCCGGAUGUUGUUGAGAGGGGCAUCUUGACUAUGGGCACGGCUGGCGAGUUGUUCCUGCGCUAUGUCAAUAGGAUGUGCCCUCAUCUGCCGGGCGUGGUGCUGGCGCCUGGCAUGACGGUCGCGGAGCUCCGAGCCUCCCAACCGACCCUGUUCCUGUCUGUUAUGGCAACCGCAGCAUCCGAGCUGCCCGCCCUGCAGCGGACUUUAACCAAAGAGCUGAUGCAGGUGUUUGCCGACCGCAUCAUUGUCCACGGUGGAAAGAGCCUCGAGCUCGUACAGGCCCUGACGGUGGCCGUGAUCUGGUACUGGCCGCCUGAGCGCUUCGAAGAGCUCAAGUUCUACCAGCUCGUGCACAUCGCAGCCGUCAUGGCCAUCGAGAUCGGUCUUGGCAGGAAAAAGCCGGCCAAAAGCGGGUUUAGGAAACAUAUCUCGUAUGCCUGGCGCGACCACCCCCUGCGCAAGCCGCCUCCGCCGGAUCCAACGACAAUCGAAGGCCGUCGCACCUGGUUGACCUGUUACUUUAUGACUACUAACACCGCUAUGGCGCUGCACCGGCCCAAUCUCCUCCGCUGGACGCCGUUCAUGGCGGAAUGUGUCGAGAUUCUCCAGUCGUCUCCUGAAGCUGCGCCUACGGACAAGUACCUCUGCCACUUGGUGAUGUCUCAUAAGGUCGCCGAGGAUGUCAGCAUUCACUUUUCGAUGGAUGAUCCGAUGUCGACGCCUAAUCUGGCGGAAGCCCGAACGCAGUAUGUGUUGAAGGGGUUGGAGCGUGACCUUGAAAAAUGUUGCGCUGCGGUUCCGAAACUGAUGCAGCAGCCAUCCCUGCGAAUGGGCUUCCAUGUUAUCAGCCUGUACAUGCACGAAGUCGCAACCUACAGUGAUACCCCUGACGAUGGCAAGCUUCAUCCUAGCGAAACACAGCUUGGCACGGGCGGUCCCCUCACUAGUGCCCAUAUCGACGCCCUGACAUCCUGCCUUGCCGCUAUCGAGGGCAUUUUCGAGGUGUUCCUGUCACUCGAAGUACAAACCGUCCGCUGCCUGCCGGUCUUCAACUUCGUACGGGUCGCCUACGCGGUUGUGGUCCUGAUUAAACUGUAUUUCGCCGCGGCGUCACCCAAAGGUGAACUUGGCAAGGUCAUCAAUCCUGACGAUAUGAAGGUCGAGCAGCACCUCGACCGCAUGCUGGAACACUUCCGUGCUACUGCUGCGGAAGACAGGAGUCGGCCAGCAGCCAAGUUCCUCGUCGUGCUCGUCAUGAUCCGCUCCUGGUUCCACAAACAGAAGCAGAACCAAGCCCCCGGCGCUGGUCCCGAUGCUACGCCAGCAGCCGGCCCGUCGUGCGCAUAUAUGCGUCCGACCGCCGGUGAACGGAGCAAUUCCGCACCUCUACCCCACCCACGCCCGCCGGGGCAAGACUAUUCCACGGCCACCGCCAGCACGCCGCUCGAGGUCCUCUCCGAACUUGCAACCAACAACUCCGCAGCUGCCGCCACCAGCGGCCCUCGUCGGCCAGGCACCGCCGGCGACCUACUCCACCCCCUGAGCCAUUCCCCCGCCCCAGGUUCAGGAUCCUCCUGGCUGAACAACACCGGCAGCAACAACAACAACACCAAGUCCCAAACCAUGUACAACCCCACCAACAACAACACCUCCCCCGGCCCACCCGCCAGCACCAGCAACAGCACCGCCGGCGCUUACGUAUCCAACAACAUAACCCCCGGACAACAACAACUCAUCUCCAACCUCUCCUUCCCCUGGCUCACCAACGCCUUCUCCUCCGGUGCCCCCGACGUCGACUACGAUUACUCCAACUUCGGUAACGGGUUCGCACAGGCUUUGGAUAUGACCCUGGGCGGGUUCUUGGAUGGGGGGUUGGGCGGGGAGGAUACGCAUGGGCAACAGCAGCAGGGGUGGUAUCCGCCUAUGGGGGCUGGGUUGGAUGCGAUGGGGGCUGCGGGGUCGGGGGGAGGGUUUGGGUUUUAG